CGCGUAUGUCAACCUACCCACCAAACAAUACUUGUAAACCCAAAACUCAAACCAAAAAAAAUAAAGAAAAAGUGUGCAAUAACGAUAUAUAAAGAUCCAUUACAGAGAUAAUAGAAAUAGAAACAAGAAACAGAAACCCUUAAAAAACCUCUUUUUUCUCUCGAUUUAAAGCCGGAUCGCGGACCCCAAAUUGAAAAGAUUUGACCCUUUUGCACACUUGUGGAAUCUGUGUGUAUAUUGUUGAUAGAUUGAUUAUAUACAUACACGUAUUUGUAAAGUUAUUAUUUUUAUAUAUAUUGUGUUUGUGGCUACAAUGGAGAUGCAGCAGUCGGAUCGGGUCACGGAAUGGAGCUCAUCUGGUGAUCAAAUAGGGCUCGAAGAGCCCAUGUGGCAAUUAGGGUUAGGAGAUGAGGGUGAAUUGUAUCCUGAACGUCCGGAUGAGGCUGACUGUAUUUAUUAUUUGAAGACUGGGGUUUGUGGGUAUGGUUCGCGGUGUCGGUUUAACCAUCCUCGUGAUCGCGGCGGCUCGGUUGUUGGAGGUUUGAGGAGCGGUGGAGGGGGGUAUCCCGAGCGAAUUGGUCAGCCUGUUUGUCAGUAUUAUAUGCGAACGGGAACGUGUAAAUUUGGUGCAUCUUGCAAAUAUCAUCAUCCUAGACAGGGGAUCGGGUCAUCAACAACAGUGGCGGUAAAUGUAUCUGGAUAUCCACUUCGUUCGGGUGAAAAAGAGUGUUCAUACUAUCUGAAAACAGGGCAAUGUAAGUUUGGUGUCACAUGUAAAUUUCACCAUCCGCAGCCAGCUGGCAUGAUACCGUCACCAUCACCACCACCGCCACCACCGCAGCCGCUGUCAGGUGGACCGUUGUCUGCCAUGCCUUCUGCUAUGUACCCGAAUGUGCAAUCUCCUUCUGUUGUUUCUUCUCAACCGUAUGGUGUCUUAGCCGGCAACUGGCCCGUUGCUAGGGCUCCGUUUGUUUCUGGCCCAUAUCUCCCUGGGACCUAUGGGCCAAUGCUGACCCCACCUGGAAUGGUUCCGUUUCCAAGCUGGAAUCCGUACCAGGCACCUGUACAGCCAGGAGCCUCUCCUAAUACACAGCCUUUUUUUGGAGGGGGGCCUGCGUACGCGAUGACCCAGUUAUCUCCUUCAGCCAAUUCCUACCCUUUGACCAAAAGUCAAACUGAGCAUGCAUUUCCACAACGGCCUGGUGAGCCUGAAUGUCAGUGUUACCUGAACACAGGGGAUUGUAAAUUUGGUCCGUCGUGUAGAUACCAUCAUCCUCCAGAAUGGACUGUACCAAACACGAACUUUGGCCUUAGCCCAAUGGGCCUUCCUCUCCGUCCAGGUGCGCCACUUUGUUCACAUUAUGCUCAAAAUGGAGUGUGUAAAUUUGGGCCAUCAUGCAAAUUUGAUCAUCCAAUGGGAACGCUAAGUUAUAGCCCAUCUGCAUCUUCACUUGCCGAUAUGCCAGUUGCACCCUAUCCUGUCGGCUCUUACAUUGGCACUUUAGCACCAUCAUCCUCUUCGUCAGAACUUAGGCCAGAGUUCACUUCCACCGCCGCCACCACCACCACAGACCGCCAGUCGACCACCAUGCCACCAAGUGGUUCCAUCGGAUCAAAUCUCUCAAAGAGUACGCAAAUUUCUCAAUCAACUGGUAGCAGCAGUAGUACCACUACUCAUGGUGGAAAUUGAGUACAAAAAAGGCCUAACACUGUGUUUUUUUGUUGUGAAAAUGUGAUCUCUUUGACCCGUGUUCUUGUUCAGCCAUUUGAUGGUUUGAUGACAAGAUCUUCUGGUUUAGCCGUGUUCAUAUACUUUAUAUGGCAUUCGUAUGCACAUUUGAAUAAAGCCAUAUUCGGAACCAUUGAAACAUUUAGGAACCAUUUUUGUAAUGAAAAGAUUCAACAUUGCUUUUGCUUCUUAUUAUCUGCUUAUUAAAUUCGAUCAAUUUCUGUAA